GCCUUUAACAAAGACAAAUGCCCUCGCACGGACCGAGCGCAGCAGCCGCCUAGUGGGAAGCGCGCACCCGCCAGCCCGUCCACACCGCGGCGCACGCGCACACGCACACGCACGUCCCGCUCCGACGCCCGCGCGCAUCCCGCCGCCCGGCUGCGGGAGAGUCGGGUCCUGAGGAGGACGCCUGUGGGGUCUUGCCUCCUUCCUGGAAGGUCCUCAGAGCCCAGCCACCAUGAGUGAAAUUCCUAAGGACUCCUUGAAGACCUUUCUGUUGGAGUUAGAAUGCCACUUUACCUGGAAUUUACUGAAGGAAGACAUUGAUCUGUUUGAUGUGGAAGAUACAAUUGGGCAACAGCUUGAGUUUCUUACCACAAAAUCCAGGCUCACUCUUUAUAACUUACUGGCCUAUGUGAAACACCUAAAAGGCCAAAAUAAAGAUGCCCUGGAGUGCUUGGAACAAGCAGAAGAAAUAAUCCAGCGGGAACAUUCAGACAAAGAAGAAGUACGCAGUUUGGUCACUUGGGGAAACUACGCCUGGGUGUAUUACCACAUGGACCAGCUUACGGAAGCUCAGAAGUACACAGACAAGGUAGGGAAUGUCUGCAGGAAAUUGUCCAGUCCUUUCAACCACAAGUUGGAGUGUCCUGAGAUUGACUGUGAGAAAGGGUGGGCACUCUUGAAAUUUGGAGGAAAGUAUUACCAAAAGGCUAAAGCAGCUUUUGAGAAGGCUCUGGAAGUGGAACCUGACAAUCCAGAAUUUAACAUCGGCUAUGCCAUCACAGUGUAUCGGCUGGACGAUUCUGACAGAGAAGGUUCUAUAAAGAGCUUCUCCCUGGGUCCUCUGAGGAAGGCUGUUACCCUGAACCCAGAUAACACCUACAUUAAGGUUUUCCUGGCACUGAAGCUUCAAGACGUACAUGCUGAAGCUGAAGGGGAAAAGUAUAUUGAAGAAAUCCUGGACCAGAUAUCAUCCCAACCUUAUGUCCUUCGUUACGCAGCCAAAUUCUACAGGAGAAAAAAUUCUUGGGACAAAGCUCUUGAGCUUUUGAAAAAGGCCUUGGAGGUGACACCGACCUCUUCUUUCCUACAUCACCAAAUGGGACUUUGCUAUAGAGCACAAAUGAUCCAAAUCAAGAAGGCCACACGCAACAGACCUAAAGGAAAAGAUAAACUGAAAGUUGAUGGGUUGAUUACAUCUGCUAUAUUUCAUUUCAAGGCAGCUGUGGAACGAGACUCUAUGUUUGCAUUUGCCUACACGGAUCUGGCCAACAUGUACGCUGAGGCAGGCCAGUACAGCAAUGCUGAAGACAUUUUCCAGAAAGCCCUUCGUCUGGAGAACAUAACUGAUGAUCACAAACAUCAGAUCCACUACCACUAUGGCCGCUUUCAGGAAUUUCACCGUAAAUCAGAAAGUACUGCCAUCCACCAUUACUUAGAAGCCUUAAAGGUCAAAGACAGGUCCUCCCUACGUACCAAAUUGACAAGUGCGCUAAAGAAAUUGGCUACCAAGAAACUUGGUCACAAUGCCUCAGAUGUGCAGAGUUUAAGUGCCCUAGGGUUUGUUUACAAGCUGGAGGGAGAAAAGAGGCAAGCGGCGGAGUACUAUGAGAGGGCCCAAAAGAUAGAUCCAGAAAACGCAGAAUUCCUUACUGCUCUCUGUGAGCUGCGACUUUCCAUUUAACUCCAUAUGCUAGAAAUCAGUUCUAAAGCUCUUCUCUCUAUUUUGGGUUCUUAUACUUUUGUUUGUUUUAAUCCAUGGUUCAUUACAGAGCCAGUUUUUAUUGAAUGGUGGUUGUGUAUCAGGCAUCAUUUAAAUAUUUUAUAUACGUUAUGAUGAAUCAUUUACUGUUUUCUACUUUUUUUUAAUUAAAAUACUAUAAUCCAUUAAGAAACAGCAACAUUCCAGCUGUUGUAACUUUUAAAAAUGGCAUGGCCAUUAUGACUUUAUACCCCUUAUCUCUGCUAUUUAUAAUAAUUUUCUGAUUAUUUUCCAUAUUACUUAUGCAGUGAGUAUAAUCUACAUAAGCCUUUGAUACUUAGGUCAGGAACACUCUUUCAGGGGUACAAAAUUAUGUUAAACUCUUAAUUAUGUACCUUUCAAAAGGUUGAACUUUCCAGUUAUAAGUGUUCUGACUUCGAUGAGGAUAUUUAACUGUCAAGCAGAUAGUCACCUAAAGAAUCCUCUUUGUUGGAAGAAAAAAGUUCAUAAUAAAAAGUUUGUCAUCUCUGAUGACUUCAAUAAAAGAAAAAACUAGAACAUGAAAAAAGAAGAUGUCCUCAAAUAUAGAACUUUAGGGUCCCGUGAGAAAUCAGAAGUAUUAACUCCCAAAAUGUUCAUUAAGUAGCUAGAAAUAGUUAUGAGAAAAAAUGAAUAAUAGAAAAUCAUUAGUCUCAAGUUUCUCUGGUUCUUUUAACUAGAAGAAUAAACCUAAACUGAAUCUAGGUGGAAUUAAUUUUUUCCAGUUAGAAUUGCAGUAUUUUUAGGUUAAAAUAAUUGAUAUGGAAAGCAGACCAAUUGAGAAAUUGGGAAAAUGGGUAAAGUAGAUGUCCCUAACCUAUAUCCCUAGAAUACCAAGAUUCAGUGAGUUAGUUUUGGGUCUGGAUUGGGUAUAGUUGUCAUACCCCCAAUUUCUGGCCUUUGGUUAACUGUUUUAGUAUUCCGUCUUACUUCUGUGAAGCUUUUUCUUUUGUCUGAAGUUUUCAGAUUGACAAGUUUUCCUAUAGAUCCUCCAAGAAUAGUUAGGCCCUGCUUUCAGUUUUAAUACCUAAUUUAAAGGGUCAUUGCUAAGGGCUCUUAUCCCAGGAGACUUUUUAAAUUGGGAGGUUGCUAAAAGUGGCUUCUCUAAUGUUUCUUUGAUUAUAAACUAUACAAUUGUAUUUACCACCACAGUAUUAGUGCAAGAGUGUGCCAUAUGAUUUAAUUCUCUAUACCUCCAAUGUAGCUCUUAAAACUAAUGUGUAUGUGUGUUUUUUACUUUUUGUUGCUAUUUUUAUUUUUUUAAUGUCUAUUAUGAUUUUGAUUAUUAUAAAAGUAGUGAGUUCUCAUUGUAAAAUUUCAAAUAAUGCAGAAGUAUAUGAAUUUAAAAGUAAGAGCACUCCCUUCAUCCUGCCCCAAUUCUACACCCCCAAGGUAAACUGUUAACAAUUUGAUAUGUAUCCUUCCAGAUAUUUUUUUUCUAUGCAUAUUCGAACAUACAUAUAUACUGCAAUGUAUUUCAUGAAUUAAAAUUUUUUAAAUGUUUUA